AUAAAUAAACAAGUAUUUCAUUCUGUGAACUGCCCUGAGAUCUUAUGAUGAGGUAUAGAAAUCUAAUAUAUAAUAGUAAAAAUAAUUAAGCAAGUAAUAACCAGGUCCCAUUUUCUAACAAAACAGGGCCUCUCUGGAACAGUUAGCACUUUUGUGUUGCUAGGCAAUAUUGUUUGGGUAGCCAUUUGUAGAUACUUUGAUUCUAUAAUGUCUUUGUCUAAAAUCCUAAGAUAAAGUCAUUGGAAGCUGUACUUUGCAGCACCUGUGUAUAAUAACAAUGAUGUCGCCACUUGUGCAGAAACCACUGAGAUGAUGACUAUUGUAUGAUUUCAUUGUCUCUUCCCUUUUAUUGUAGUAAACAUAGCACUACUGUAACUCAGUUUGACUUCUGGGAGUAGCAGAUGCUGUCAAACAGUGUGCAGAAUCAUAGCCAGUAGAUGAAUAGUCAGCUUCUAAGGUGAAAGAUUGGGAAAACAAGUCCACUCCUCCCCAUCCCUGUGAAUUCUACUCAUUUCCCUAAUGCCUAAUAAUGUGAUGUUUCUGGUGCUAAUGGAUGAUUCUUAGCUUGCACUCUGAAACUGCUUGUUUUCCUUGACUGAUUUCCUGUGCACCUGGUUUGAAAGAGUCAGCAUGCUGGUAAUUCUCCUGAACUGUGUCACUCUGGGCAUGUUCCACCCUUGUGAAGAUAUGGGCUGUGACUCCCCACGCUGCAAGAUUCUUCAGAGCUUUGACGAUUUUAUCUUUGCCUUCUUUGCUGUGGAAAUGAUCAUCAAGAUGGUUGCACUAGGGAUUUUCGGGAAGAAAUGUUACCUGGGAGACACAUGGAACCGUCUGGAUUUUUUCAUUGUCCUGGCUGGCAUGCUGGAAUACUCUCUGGACUUGCAGAAUGUCAGUUUCUCAGCUGUUCGGACCGUCAGGGUACUCCGGCCAUUGAGAGCCAUUAACAGAGUUCCUAGUAUGCGCAUCCUGGUCACGCUGCUUUUGGACACGCUUCCCAUGUUGGGGAACGUUCUCCUCCUCUGCUUUUUUGUCUUCUUCAUCUUUGGUAUUGUUGGAGUCCAGCUUUGGGCAGGGCUGCUCAGGAACCGCUGCUUCCUGCCAGAAAACUUCAGUUUCCCUUACACAAUCGAGGUGGAAGCAUACUACCAGACAGAGAAUGAAGAUGAAAGCCCUUUUAUCUGCUCUCAGCCUCGAGAGAAUGGGAUGCGUUUAUGUCGCGACAUCCCAACAAGGAGGGAAGAAGGUCUACAAUGCACCUUGGACUAUUAUUCCUACAACGACACCACAAACACCUCUUGUGUCAACUGGAACCAGUAUUACACAAACUGCUCUGCAGGGGAGCACAACCCUUUCAAAGGAGCAAUCAAUUUCGAUAACAUUGGAUAUGCAUGGAUUGCAAUAUUUCAGGUCAUCACUCUGGAGGGCUGGGUAGAUAUUAUGUACUUUGUCAUGGAUGCUCAUUCGUUCUACAACUUCAUAUAUUUCAUUCUCCUGAUCAUUGUGGGCUCUUUCUUCAUGAUAAACCUCUGCUUAGUGGUCAUAGCAACUCAGUUCUCAGAGACCAAGCAGCGGGAGAGCCAGCUGAUGAAGGAGCAGCGAAUCCGCUACCUCUCCAAUGCAAGCACUCUGGCCAGCUUCUCAGAGCCGGGGAGCUGCUAUGACGAACUCCUCAAAUAUCUUGUCUACGUCCUCCGUAAGGCCAGCAAGCAACUGGUGCAGGUCUACCGAACCACAGGGGUGAGGAUGGGGUUUCUCUCCAGCCCGGGUAGCAAGAGCAGUGCAGAGCGGCAGCCGUGCAAACACCGGCCGCGGAAAAGGUCCUCGGUGCAUCAUCUCAUUCACCACCACCAUCACCACCACCACCACUAUCACCUGGGCAACGGAAGCCUUCAGGCACCACGCACCAGCCCCGAAAUCAGCGACGUUGAAACCAGCUCGCUUCACAAUGGUGCAAAUAGGCUGAUGCUCCCUCCAUCAGCCAAUCCUCCCCCCACGGCCAGCAACGCUGAGUCCGUUCACAGCAUCUACCAUGCAGACUGUCAUUUUGAGCCCAUUCGCUGCAGAUCAUCUCUCCCGCCUCAGCCUGGUCUCAGCUUACCGGGACCAGAGGUGCUUCCCAGGACUGUGGUUGGCAGCAAGGUCUACCCUACUGUACACCCAAGUAACUCCCAUGAACUGCUGAAAGAAAAAGGUUUAGGAGAGCCCACGUUGAACCCUGGGGCCAGCACCCUGAUGAACCUUAAUAUUCCCCCGGGACCGUAUAGUCCAAUGCAGAAGCUACUGGAGACACAGAGCACUGGUGCUUGUCAAAGUUCCUGCAAGAUUUCCAGCCAGUCUGGGAAACCCAACAAUACUUGCAACCCAGAUAGUUGUCCAUACUGCAUGAAGACCUUGGCUAACGAUCCAGAGCUGGUGGACAAUGAAGUGGGAGAUUCUGACAGCGACGGGGUAUACGAGUUUACUCAGGAUGCUCACUACAGUGACCAGAGGGACCCUCAGCGUUGGAAAGCCCGGGGAAGAAACACCUUAAAAUUCCUAGCCUUCUGGAAGGUGGUUUGUGAGACAUUUCGGAAGAUUGUAGAUAGCAAGUACUUUGGCCGUGGGAUCAUGAUAGCUAUCCUGAUCAAUACCCUCAGCAUGGGGAUUGAGUAUCAUGAGCAGCCUGAAGAACUCACCAAUGCACUGGAAAUCAGCAAUAUUGUCUUCACUAGUCUCUUUGCCCUAGAAAUGCUUCUGAAACUGCUCGUGUACGGCCCUUUUGGCUACAUCAAAAAUCCAUACAAUAUAUUUGAUGGGAUCAUCGUCGUGAUCAGUGUCUGGGAGAUAGUGGGACAGCAAGGUGGAGGCUUGUCUGUUCUACGGACCUUUCGCCUUAUGAGAGUCCUGAAACUGGUCCGUUUCAUGCCUGCUCUCCAGCGCCAGCUGGUGGUGCUCAUGAAAACAAUGGACAAUGUCGCCACAUUCUGCAUGUUGCUGAUGCUUUUCAUAUUUAUCUUCAGUAUUCUUGGGAUGCAUCUCUUUGGUUGUAAAUUUGCUUCGGAGAGAGAUGGAGACACUCUUCCCGACAGGAAGAACUUUGAUUCCUUGCUCUGGGCCAUCGUUACUGUUUUCCAGAUACUGACUCAGGAAGACUGGAAUAAAGUCCUGUACAAUGGCAUGGCUUCUACCUCUUCCUGGGCUGCCCUCUACUUCAUUGCCCUCAUGACAUUCGGAAACUACGUUCUCUUUAACUUGUUGGUUGCCAUCUUGGUGGAAGGUUUUCAAACAGAGGGUGAUGCUACUAAAUCUGAUUCUGAAGGUGAGCUUUUCCCCCGUUGUCUGGAAGAAGACUGUGGGCUUAAGAACUUUUCAAAUCCAGCCUUGAUGGCUCUUUGUGACCACCCAGAGCUAAAGAAGAGCUUAACACCUCCGCUCAUCAUCCACACCGCCGCUACACCAAUGCCCAUGCCGAAAAGUGCCAUCUAUGGGGAAGCGGCUCAAGGCUAUGAUUCCCAAAGAGCUAGUAGCAUCUCCAUGGAUCCUAAUACAUACGAUCUCAAAUCUCCAGUGAGCGCCCGGAGUUCCCCACACAGUCCUUGGAGUGCCGGAGGUAGCUGGAACAGCCGCAGGUCAAGCUGGAACAGCAUUGGGCGGGCUCCCAGCUUGAAACGUCGCAACCAAAGUGGAGAGCGCAAGUCACUUUUGUCCGGAGAUGGGAAGCAGAGUUCAGAGGAAGGGGAAAGCUCUGAUGAAGAGCAGUCCAGUCGGACUGGGAGCAUUAAUGGCACUAUACCUCACCGCAUUGAGUCACUGGAAACCAAAGGCUCUUUUGACUUCCAAGAUACCCUUCAGGUGCCUUCUCUAUACCGGACCAGCAGCAUACACAGUAGCCACACCUCCGCAUCAGAGCACCAAGAUUGCAAUGGUAAAACAACCUCCAGAGUUCUGAUACAGCAGCUUCAUUUGGAAGAUCCACUUCCUGAAUGUGACGAUAUGGAUGAUGAAGGCAACUUGAGUAAAAAGGACCGUAUGAAGGCUUGGAUAAGGGCACGCCUCCCCACCUGGUGCAAAGAAAGAGAUUCCUGGUCUAUCUACAUCUUUGCUCCUCAGUCUAAAUUCCGUGUGAUAUGCAAUAAAAUCAUUACUCACAAGAUGUUUGAUCAUAUUGUCUUGGUAAUCAUCUUUCUGAACUGCAUCACCAUUGCGAUGGAACGUCCCAAAAUUGAGCCACACAGUGCUGAACGAAUUUUCCUCACACUCUCCAACUAUAUUUUCACAGCAAUCUUCCUGGCUGAAAUGACCAUCAAGGUGGUGGCAUUAGGCUUGUGCUUUGGUGAGAAGGCAUACUUGAGAAGUAGUUGGAAUGUGCUGGACGGGGUGUUGGUUCUCAUCUCAGUGGCUGACAUCCUGGUUUCGAUGGUUUCCGAUAGCGGCACAAAAAUCCUUGGAAUGCUAAGAGUCUUGAGGCUACUGCGAACUCUCAGACCGUUAAGGGUCAUUAGCCGAGCACAAGGGCUGAAGCUGGUGGUGGAAACCCUGAUGUCAUCCCUAAAACCCAUUGGAAACAUUGUUGUCAUCUGCUGUGCUUUCUUCAUCAUUUUUGGCAUCUUGGGGGUCCAGUUGUUCAAAGGGAAGUUUUUUGUCUGCCAAGGGGAAGACACAAGGAACAUUACCAACAGGUCGGACUGUGCAGAAGCCAGCUACAAAUGGGUCCGGCACAAGUAUAAUUUUGAUAAUCUCGGCCAGGCCUUAAUGUCCCUGUUUGUUUUGGCCUCCAAAGAUGGGUGGGUGGACAUCAUGUACGAUGGAUUGGAUGCUGUGGGAGUGGAUCAGCAGCCAAUCAUGAACUAUAACCCUUGGAUGCUCCUCUACUUCAUCUCCUUCCUGCUGAUUGUUGCCUUCUUUGUCCUCAACAUGUUUGUGGGAGUUGUGGUGGAGAAUUUUCAUAAAUGUCGUCAGCAUCAGGAAGAAGAAGAAGCCAAGAGACGAGAGGAGAAGAGACUCAAGCGGCUGGAGAAAAAGAGAAGGAGUAAGGAGAAACAGAUGGCUGAUCUAAUGCUGGAUGAUGUAAUAAUGGACAGCUCAGCCAGUGCAGUGCCAGAGGCACAGUGUAAACCCUACUACUCUGAUUACUCUCGCUUCCGACUUCUGAUUCAUCAAAUGUGCACCACCCAUUACCUGGAUUUAUUCAUCACAGGUGUGAUUGGGCUCAAUGUCAUCACCAUGGCUAUGGAGCACUACCAGCAGCCAAAGGUUCUUGAUGAAGCUCUGAAGAUUUGCAAUUACAUCUUCACGGUCAUCUUUGUCAUGGAAUCUGUUUUCAAGCUGAUUGCAUUUGGGUUUCGUCGGUUCUUUCAAGACAGGUGGAACCAAUUAGACCUGGCAAUAGUGCUGUUGUCCAUCAUGGGGAUCACGCUGGAAGAGAUUGAGGUGAAUGCAUCACUGCCUAUCAACCCCACCAUUAUCCGCAUCAUGAGGGUCCUGAGGAUUGCUCGAGUGUUGAAAUUGCUGAAGAUGGCUGUAGGGAUGAGAGCUCUGCUGGACACAGUGAUGCAAGCGCUGCCUCAGGUGGGGAAUCUGGGUCUUCUCUUCAUGUUGUUGUUUUUCAUAUUUGCAGCCCUUGGGGUGGAGCUGUUUGGAGACCUUGAAUGUGACGAUACUCAUCCCUGUGAGGGCUUAGGGCGGCAUGCAACUUUUCGCAACUUUGGGAUGGCUUUUCUCACACUCUUCCGUGUAUCCACAGGAGACAACUGGAAUGGGAUAAUGAAGGACACUCUGCGAGACUGCGAUGAGGAAUCCACCUGCUACAACACCGUCAUCUCGCCAAUCUAUUUCGUCUCAUUUGUGCUGACAGCCCAGUUUGUCCUGGUGAAUGUGGUGAUUGCUGUACUCAUGAAGCACCUAGAGGAAAGUAACAAGGAAGCGAAAGAGGAAGCAGAACUGGAAUUGGAACUGGAGAUGGAAAUGAAGACAAUCACCCCGGGCCAGCAUCCGCCCUCUGACCCUUUCAUAUGGGCAGGAAGUAAUGCAGGAGAUAGACCUGAGAGCCCCGGAGGAUAUGUCAAUCCCAUGCAAAUCAAGGUGGAUUCCCAACUCUCAUUGGUUCACCCUAUGGAAAGACACUUGUUUGAUACCAUAUCACUGCUGAUCCAGGAAUCUCUAGAAGGAGAGUUGAAGCUGAUGGACAACUUAUCAGGCUCUGUGUGCCAUCAUUAUGCCCUUCCAGCUACUGACAAUUACAACUCUGAGAAACAGAUCCCUCUAGCUGAGAUGGAGGCUCUGUCUCUGACGUCAGAUAUUCUCUCUGAAAAUUCCUGGUCCUUAGCUCUGACGGAUGACUCUUUUCCUGAUGAUAAUAACACACUCUUACUUAAUGCCCUGGAAAGCAAUGCCAAUCUCCCCUCUAGAAAUGACCCCCUGACACUCUCACCAAGUAAAGAUCUGCUAAGUGUGAGGAAGCCUUCUGUAGGCCGCACCCAUUCUUUGCCAAAUGACAGCUAUAUGUUUCAGGCUCCAGAUACUGGCAUCUACAAUGACUCUUCUGGAGAAAGGAACACACCACAUCAAAAAUCUCAGUCAGGCUCAACGACGUCAGUGCAAUCUCAGCCUGCAAACAUUGAUGCUCUCCUACAAAUCCCAAGAGAUCUCUUCUGCCACCUCAAGCCCCAAUACAACCCUGACUGGGAAAGCAAAUCCAAAGCCCCUCCACCUGUGCAUUCUCCUUCUGCAGAACGGUUACUUCGCAGACAGAUGGCAAUAAGGAAUGAUUCCUCAGAUACCCAUAGCUCAGAAAGCCGAGAGAACAUCCAUGCCGAGGUGAGUGAGCUCUGUGAUCCAAAUUUGUCAGCUCCAUCCACUGAGGAUCUGUCUGUCACUCUGACGCCCUCAGAAGCAAGAGAGUCAGCCAGCUGGGGGCGAUCGAGCGUUCAUACUCAGCAACCAUCCCGCAAUCAGUAUAACAUUUCCAUGCAUGUGCCGGAUUUGUGUGCCUGUACAGACUCCCUUCAAGAACUGCCUGGAGACCCGACGGACCAAGAAGUAUCAGAAAUAAAUAGCUCUUUUACUUCAGGAACUUGUUCAGCCAUGAGUGCCUCUUCAGUGGUUCAGCCCGAGACCCCUAAGAGAAACGUAGGCAACAGUGGCAAUGUCACUUUGAAGGACCUGAAGAAGUGCUACAGUGUAGAUACACAGGGUCUUCUUAAAAAACCAUCAUCCUGGUUAGAUGAUCAAAGGAGACAUUCCAUAGAGAUUUGCUCCAUGGAAAACAGCCCUCAGCAUCAUUCCACAUCUAGUUCUUCUGGCUUCAUAAGUCAGGUCUUAAGUGAAAUGGAAGGCUUGCAAGGGACGCGGCAGAAGAAAAAACUGAGUCCCCCGUGUAUAUCAAUAGACCCACCUGAUGAACAGAGUUUGUUACUGAGGGGGCCACGCAGCGCCACAUUGCCUGCCAGUGCAGACGUUUGCUUGCGAAGACGCGCCCCGUCCUGGGAUUCCAAGGAUUCAGGGGACGCAGGAGACUCGGCCCUUCCAGACAGUAUGUCACUAACUCCAACCCCAAAGAAAGACUUGUUGACUCUUCCUAGUUUUUCCUUUGAUCAAACAGAUGCGGACCCUUGAGUUAGUUUGUUUUCCGUUGUUGGUGCCAAAUGUUACUUUUCUCCCUCAUGUAAUAAAUUAAACCUUUCCAUUCUAAAAUGGCACUGAUUUUUUUUAAAAAAAAUCCAAAGAAAGUUUAAAAAGCUAGCUGGUUUUAAGAGUGGUUAAGCUAUAUCACGCUUACUUAAGCAUAAGUUCUGCUUGGGUAAAAGCAAUACAUUGUUCAGAGUCUAUAUGUAUAUUCUAUUUUAUUAAAUUAAUUGAACCUAGUAUUGCAGGAUGUAGUACAUUUUGUGGCUUAAAGACAUUGUUUAUUUUCUUCUGUUUUAUGUAUCUCAGAAUAUUCCUGAGAUUGCGUUGGGGUUUUUUAAUGAAUAUUUUAACCUUUAAAAAUACAUAUUUAAUCCUCCCCUAUUUUCUUUUCGUUUUGCAAAGCACAAGAUGUAGCCAUUAGUGCAUUACUGAGAAAAAUGUGUCCCAUGGUCAACUAGAAAUGAGAAUAUUUGCAAUUAUAAUGUAUUUCACUCAGUGACCCCUCAACUAUUUUCUGUAGAAAAUAGCCAUUUGGAUAUUUUUUUUACAACUGUAUUGGCAUUAAAAAAGAAUAAAAUAAUAUCCAAAAUGAUUUUUAUUACACUGUAGAGGAAAAGCAAGUGCACAAGCUGAAGAGCAUAUGGGAUAAGCAGAUAGACUUGAAAGAAGGUUUCUUAUAGAGAGAAUUCAGUAGUCUCUUAGCAAUACACAAGACUGUCUAAUGUGUCAGAUAUUUGCUGUUGCUUACUUCGGUGAUCCCUAAAAUCAUACUGAGCGUGAACACCUAAGGUGAGGGCCUCUGUCCUCUUCCAUUGCCCUUCCUAAAUAUGCAGAGUAUCUCCUGAAGGCAGAGAAAAGGUUGUGAUGCUGCAGGGCUGUCAUGAUCUGGUACUCAUAGAGGACAAUCAUGUGCGCUUUACAGGGCUGGCCCACCCAUGAGGCAAGGUGAGGCAACCACCUCGGGCGGCAGUAUCAACAGGGGCAGCAGAUCCUGAUGUAGAUCUUUAUUUCCGCCCUUUGUUCCUGAUGGCAAUCUUCACUCCCCACGCCGCCUUCCCUAGUAAGAAGGUGGGAAGACCACUUUGUGGUUCUCCUCAGGUGCCAAAAUAUAUUGGGCUGGCCCUGGUGCUUUACUAAGUCUCAUCAUUCUCCCCUUCUUCUGGUGGGACAACAAAACCCAGCAGUGGCAGCAACUGCUUACAAAAGCAAUCCAACCUUGUAUAGUCCAUCUAUUUCACCUGCCUUAAAGUGCCAUCAGCUACCCACUGCCAAAUGGCAGUGUUUCCCUUUAUUUUCUGUGGCAACAGACAUUUCACACAAUGACUGCAACUGAUUUCACCCCUGACUGCCAUAAACAGCAAAUUAAGGGUCUGGGAAAUCAUUAGCAUUUGUCCUUGUUUAGUACUGUACAUCUGUGGUGCAAUGGAACAUAAUUUUAACAAAGAACUUCCCUGAGAAUCCCUCUUUCUCUAGUGGUAGCCAUACAGUGGCUAAAUGCACAAUUACAUUCUUACAUAUUUAUACUGCAAUCCUAAACACAUUUACUCAGAAGUUCCCUUUGUUUCAGUGGAACGUGCUUCCAAGAAAGGGCUUAAGCUAACAACUGACAGUGGUUUGCCUGGUUGAAAAUUAAGGUUGCCCUAAACUGAGCAGAUAAAGCUUUUCUUGCCAUGUAGCUCCACACUAGCAAGCUGAUAAAUAUCAAGGAUAGGGGCAAGUAAAAAGAUUCCAGUGCUAAAAAAAACCCUAAUAUUUCAAUUUUUUCAGUGACUGAUAAAACCAUUUCUAUAUAAAAGAACCUAUUUGAGGUUUGCAGGUGUAUCCCAUAAAGUACAGUAGUACCUUGGAUCCCAAACGCCCUGGAACUCGGACGUUUUGGCUCCCAAAUGGCACAAACCCGGAGGUAAUUGUUCCAGUUUGCAAAUGUUCUUUUGGAAGUCGAACAUCCGGUGGGGCUUCCACGGGUUCUGUUUGGCUGCAGGAGCUUCCUGCAGCCAAUCAGAAGCUGUGAUUUGGUUUUCAAACAUUUUGAAAGUCGAACAGACUUCUGGAACCGAUUCCGUUCAUCUUCCAAGGUACGACUGUAAAUUCACAGAAUGCAAAGAAUUCCUGCAGUAACAGGAAGAUCAUCUUAGGAGUGCUUUUAAAUCGUAUUAGCCUCUCAUCAGUCCAAACAGGAUCAACCCCAGACUAAUUUUCUCAGCUUAAUGAUCAGGCAUCUGGUCUAUGUAAACCUGGAAUCAUCAAAUCAUCUUUUCUGUUCAUUGUCAGCUGCGUAGGGGUUUUAUUUACAGUUCAGUAGUAUACUGAUUUUGAUAAAUAAAAUCACCCAAACUGGUCUAGCAGAACCCAGUCUUCACCCACAUGCUGAAUGCUGAAGCCAAACAGUUUUCCAUUGCACACGGUGGGCUUAAUAUGAGCCCAAACCAAGAUUGGCAUUGGCUACACUGAGGACAUGUUUUGCUUUGCAAUUCCAGGUUCUGCAGCAUUGCUGCCAUGCUCCUCUGCCUUAAGAGAGGGGGGGCUCUCUUUAUAGUGGUAGUAAAAUUGAUAAUGAUUCCAAAAAUAAACCAGAAAAACUGCCCUUAUAACCAAGAACUCCAGAAAUUAAUGUGUACAGUUAUUUUGCAUAUAUAAAAAUGUCUCUCCUACCUUUCUGUUGCCCGUGUACCUGUUCCCUGUUCAUCAGUCAAUAUGUUAGCAGGUGUCAGUCAUGGGGCCUGUAAAAAGCAUAAUACUUUCUCUGUAGGAUUUAUAUACACAGAGAUGGAUUCUGCUGUUAUGUCGUCUCUUGUUAACCUGUUUUUAACCACUGCUGCUUCCGUGCAUUCUGUGCUUGCAACAACUCCCUUAAGUAGGUUAGGCUGAAAGAGAGUGAUUUGUCCAAGGCUACCUGUGAGUUUCACUACUGGGGGGUGGGGAGUGAACCUGGAUGGUACCAAACUGCUUAAUCCUGAAGCUGCCACACACACUGGCUCAUCCUCCAAACAGCUUUGGCUAGUUAAAACAGUGCAAAAGGGUUGAAGAAAGGGGUGCAUUAUUUUUUUUACUGCAGCUCACAAUUUUGCAUAUAUAUAAAAGCAGUUCUUUGCACUGGUCUAACCAGACAAAACGAUCACAAGAGUUGGGAGGGCUGGUUCUUCCCUAUGCCUUUGGCACACAAUUCAGUUACAUAUAUUAGUGAAGAGAGCAUCUCCCUCUAGCCAAAGAAUGAGUUAAUACAGUGGUACCUUGAGUUACAAACACCUCAGGUUACAGACUCAGCUAACCUGGAAGUAGUACCUCGGGUUAAGAACUUUGCCCCAGGAUGAGAACAGAAAUUGCAUGGCGGCGGCACGGCAGCAGUGGGAGGCCCCAUUAGCUAAAGUGGUACCUCAGGUUAAGAAUGAACCUCCGUAACGAAUUAAGUUCGUAACCAGAAGUACCACUGUAGAUGUAUCAUUUCCUAGGAUCCCAAGGGUUGCACUGGCACAAUUAGUGGUGCUUCUGCAGCAUCCAAGCAUGCACUCACACACACACACUGUUGCACUGGUAAUUGCCUUUUUUUCUACAGACCAGGCUUUCCACCUUUAGAAAGCCUCUCCUUCAUGGUGAGAUGGCUUUGCUUUUAGCAACAUGCUCCUGUUUUUGCUGGAAGAGAUCCAUUGAUUUAAGUUUAACCUGCCUCUGUGUAAAUGUAUACAUAUUUAGGACUGCAGUGUUGGUAUAUGUUGUUAAUCCAAUGAAUGCUAAAAGACAUUCUAAGUCAUGCAUUCCUAUAGUCCUCAUUGGAUCAAACAUUUAAUCUAAACCUGGAAUUGUAUUUAAAGAUUGAUUAAAGGGAAAGACAAACAAUAUUUUGAAACUCAGAUUUUGAAUACUUGAAAUUCCAAAAUGAUAUUGAAAAUAAAAUAGAAUAAAACUGGAACUAGCGUGAUUACUAGAUUAGACAAGCUCAUACUGGACCCUUACCUAAAAGCACAUUUCAUGUGGACCUUGUCACCGAGUGAUGGUAUAAAUCACUGUAAGCCAAGGUUGUAUAAUUCGCAACAUAUCUGAAUUAACACCCAUGUAUCCUACGUAGCUCUCUGUGCCAACGGAAUCUUGGUUCCGUAUAAUCUCCGCUUUGCAAUAUCCUGAACAACCCAAUGCUUUUGUUUCUCCAAGCCAUUGUGUUUGAAGUAGAAUGUGAAAUUUUGAAUUCAACAAAUUCAUCAACUAAAAGUUAUGAUUUUUGGACCUUCAACCAUAUUACCACAAUUAGUGCAAUUCUUAGAAACCAGUCUAUCAUUGUAAUUUUCUCUGGUUAAGGGGGGGGGGGAGAUAGCACAGUAAGAUGGAAAUACGUUUAAUCCUUUGCUUUGGUUUUGAGGUUUUUUUCUCAUUCACCAAAUCCCUAUGCAGAUAUUCAGAGCUAUGCAAGGACAAUGUAUCAGGGACCAUGCUUCUUUUUUCUGGUCCCACACCCACACACAUGCCACCCUGCUAUUUGCAUAUUCAUUUAUCUAACUUGUGUGCAUAGUGGGCUAGACACAUAGAGCCCAACACAUGUCAUUCCCAACCUCACAAUCUAUGUACCCAAUAUUAGAAUAUACAGGUGGCAGGCCUUCUGUGACUUUCAUUGGCCUCUGCAUGCAUAGGCUACAAUGUAAAUGUGGCAAAGUAAUGCACAGACAUCAGAAGUGAGUCAUGCAAAGGAACAUGGUCUUGAUCUUCUCACCAUGCUGAGCUUCAAACAUCUGCAUACAGCAGAGGUGAGGGACCUAUGGCUCUCCAGACGCUGUUCAACAAUAUUUCCCAUGCCCAUUAGUCAAGAAAAAUGGGAGUCAGAGGGCAACAGCACAAAGGGCUGCAGGUUCCCCACCCCUGGCAAAGGGAUUCUGAUAAUGAAAUAUCGAGGUGUCAAUAAAAUGAUGGUACACAAUUUCAGCAAUUGUUAAAAUGUACAGUGUUGAUCUGGCUGCAAUCAAAUCUACAAAGACUACGCAAAGAGCAGAUUGUGCAAUAUUUCAGGGGGAAAUGUGGUGCAAAAUGUAAUGUACACUGAAAUCUCAAGAACUAUAACAAGUAUCCUUAAAAAAAAAGUUUAAAGAUAUUCUGUUUUCAGCGCUUGGGGAUUUUCCCAUGUGCAUAUCAAUAAAGCAAAGAUUUGCUUCAUAAAAUCAUAUUCAAUAAAAAGAUCAAUACAAAACUUACUGUAACCUAAUGUAUUCAGGAAAAUAAUGCAUGUAAACUGCUUUGUGAUACAAAUAUUUUCUAGUUGCCCUUUUGAAAAUCCAAUUACAGUACUAAAGCAUGUGCAAUAAUCUUCGAAGAAUUUUAAAUACCUUUGGGAUGGGCUUUUUUGAAAUAUAUAUAUAUAAUUUGACUUUUUUAAAGAAAACAAAAAGGUUCUAAAGAGAAAUACACAAAUUCUGUAGAAUGGUUAUGCUGAUUUUUUUAAUAUAUAUUUUUGUAGAAAUCUCUAGAGCAAUUGUCAAGCCUGCCCAAGCAUCUUGGAAAUAGAAGAGGCCUAAUUUCUGGCAUUUUAGUUUGAGGUUUUUGAGACCAGAGCUGAUAUGUUUUGAGAUACACGUUUUUCACUUGUUUUUCCAAUAUCAAGGGUAAGGAUUUGAGAACUUAAUUUUAGCUCCCAGUUCUAAACACAUUUCAAAGAGGCCAAUCGCUUGACAAUUUCAUAGUAGAUGCACUACACAAGCAACAUGCUCUCACCCAACUAUCAUUCAUUUCAGCAACUAUUAUUGAAAUGAUUGCACCUCAGGCAUUAAGGUCCCCCCCCCCCUUGAAUUCAUUUUGAUGUGGAUUGCAUGCAUCCACGAAAUAAAUUCAGCUACAUUCAUGGCUCUUUUCUCCACUGAUUUGUUAAUGGCCGACGAGGGUUAUAAACUUUAAUCAUUUUUUUUCAGUGUAAUUAGUAAACCAAGGCUGCAAUCCUAUACACACUUACCCUGAGUGUAGGCAUGUACAGAAUUACACAGUAAGGCUAUGAUCUAAAGCACACUUUCUACUGAAUAAGUCCCACUGAAUUCAAUGAGUUUUCUGAAUAUAUGAUUGUGUUGCAUAAUUUUAGUCAUAGUUUAAGCAUAUGUGUGCGUGCAUGCACACAACACGCUUUUACAGUAAGGUAAACCAAAUGAAAGCUCACAUUGGGACCCUCAGAACAUGGCUCAAGCUUCUUGGGGCUCUGCAGAUGUUUUUUAAAAAACAAGUGUAUUUGAAAAACUUGGUUGCAGAAUUCCAUUUGAACAAAUCGAGUAGGUUACCUUAGAGAGCAACUACCGUAACUAAGAUUCCAUGUCACAAAUUAAUUUUUUUGCAGCAUGCUAAUUUAUGAACAUUUAAUCCGUUCAUCUGUUUUAAAGUCCAUUAUUGAUCAGAUAGAAAUCCUGACUCUAUUGACAGCCUUACUGACAAGUAAUGGGUGCUUCAAAUAAUUGCAAGUUGCAAUCAUUAGAGGGUGGGGACAGUUAUGUGAAUUUGCCAUUUAUAUGUAUGUGAUUCCUAUUGACUUCACUGGGACUCUGGUGCAUCUGAGUGUGUUUAGAACGGGAUCUUUCCUAUUCUUUGAGGCUGCAGUUCUAGGUUGUUGGGUUGUUGUUAUUUUAAAAGAUACUAAUUUAAAGCAUAUUGCCCCUAGUAAACCCAAACGAGAAAUGCUAUCCAGUUUGUUUUAAAGCACACCAGCACUUUAAUAUUGUGGAUUUACUGUAUACUGGUAGGAAGAGAGUAUUCUGCUUUUGCCAGUGUAUAUUAUGAGGGUAAACACUUGCUACCAUGUCUGAGGGAGGAAAAAGAAAAAUGUAAAUUCCAUACUUGCAAACAUUGCACAUGGUAUUUCUAUAACUUUUAGGUAGGUUACAGGAUAUUUAAACUGUAGAUAAUUUGGAAGAAGAUACAAUGUUUUUGGCUUCUGUAAAUUGCACUCAACAGAAAAUCUGGUUUUGGACAGGAAAGGGGGGUUUAUAAUUGUAAAGUAUGCCUCAGUUUCCCCUUCAAUGCCUCACUGACUAUAAUAACCCACAUAGAAUCUUUCACAAAAAUUACUAGAGUAGCCGCAGUACCAAUGUCCAUUAACAACCUAGUAACUAUUUUAGAACUUUGUAUUUAAUAGAUAAUAUAUUGUUAAACUGUAUCAGGUAUAGAGACCUAAAAUUGGGUGUUUGGUGAGGGCAACAAAAGAUGGUACUAUUGGGGAAUACUGGGUUAAAAUGUUUUUUUAUGAGUGUAAAUCUUUACAAAUGACAAAAACAAAUGUGUACUAUUAAAAGCUUUUGAAAAGAAAAGGCAUGAACCCUGGUUCUUUUAUUCUUAGUUAUUUGAUCUGUAUAUGCAAACAGGACAUAUCCAUUAUCAACGCUAGGCAUGACCGGUGUCAGUCUACAAAUAAUCCACAUCCAUUUGUAGAAACACGGGCAAUCGGCUUCAAUGAUCCAAACAUUUCUUUACUGUCAACAGCAAGGGGUUCCUAUGAUGCACUGAAACUCCCACAGAAACUCUGCCUGGUGUUUUGUUAAUGUACUGUGGAAAAUAAUAAUUAGAACUAUUUUGGUCGAGAAUGUUGCUUGUAGAGUACAGAGCUGUGGUGCCACUACAUUUCAAUUGAUCUUUCUGCCUAUCUGCAUGCCAACUUAAAGGAACACUUACCUGCAGGAGCAGAUGUUUAUUUUUUGCAAUGUAGGUCUGAAUCAUUGCUGUACAUUGUCUGGUGGACAGCAGCACGAGAACGGGCCUUUUCUGCAGUGGCUCCCCGUUUGUGGAAGGCUCUCCCCAGGGAGGCUCGCCUAGCGCCUUUAGCUGAUGGAACAUGCU